AUGCGUUAUGCGGAGUAUUUACCGUGGUUGAAGCAGAUUUCUCUAUCUAUUGAUGUUGGUGUAGACUUUAAAGUUGACGGGUUAGGGGGAAUUGACCUUGUGUCAAGCAAUAAACUCAUAAUUCGAAGUAGUAGUAGUAGUAGUAGUAGUAGUUUUAGUAGUAGCAGUGAUAGAGAUAAUGGUGCUCCAUUUCAAAUUUUGUUACCAAUCGAUAUAAAGAGCUUCGAUAUCGUGAGUGUUAAGUUGAAAGAUUCAAGAUUGGGUAUCUCAUUAGCUGUUCAAGUAGUAGAAACAAGUACAGAGCGUAUGGACGAGGUAUGGUCCUGUAAGUGGUUAAGCAAAAUGACUCCCAAGCUCAAUAACCAAAAUGAGUUUUGUUUCAAGUGUCGCAACUGUGGACUUUUAUUGAUUGAAUCUGAAAACCAUCUUUUCAAAGAUAUGCCAAGUGAGUACUGGUACGAACUCAUGGAUUUCUGGCAUUGCCAUAAACCUGAAAAUAAUCAGCUCAAUGACAAGGACUAUGGGAUUCUCAAACCAACAAACAAUAGGACAAUUAUUAUCGGAUCUUACUAUUUGCUACAAUUACACAACAACAAUCUAAUGCUGUCCAAGGGCAUCAACAAGAACUUAUUAUGCUGUAAGAAAUGUCAAUGUGUUUUAGGUGAGCAAUAUCAAAACGUUGCUCGGCUAUUAAAGUGGAAAAUCACUUUACAAUAUAAGAACCAGAACCAGAACCAGAACCAAAACCAAAACCAAAACCAAACGGUAGACUCCAAUUACAACUCCUUAUGGUAUGUGGCAGGUAUGCUCGAUAGCAAAAUCAAAUCCCUGGCUAUUCGCAAGUUUCGAAUAAAGCUCGAAUACGGGAGCUGGUUGUAUCUUUGGGUAAUGAACUCCAACGUGGAAAUUGCAAUUGAUGAUCGAGUUUUAAAGAACUCGUUAAAGGUAUGGUAUACAACUGACAUAGUAGCAGAGAAGGAGGAGGAGUGCAAAAAAUACGAGGAGAUAGAGUUGGGGUAUCUUGACGUGGUUAACGAUCUCUUGAAGUCUUUGCACCAGAAUACAAUAGAGUCUGAGUUAAUGAUUGGUGCUACAAAGUAUUCAGUUGGUUUUAUCCUCGGAUCUUAA